AUGCGAGCGCUCGCCGGCCGCGACGGGUCGCCUUCUCGGCUUUCAGCAGCGGCCGUGAUAAGCCCAGCAACAGGGGCUCAGGGUGGCGGCGACGGCGGUGGCAGUCUUUCAAGUCCAGACCGCGGCGGGUCCUCGCAGGCUGGCCGCGGCAUCAAGAUGGGAGUCGGCAACGUGUCAGCAGCAGCGGCGACCGUAAACCAACGCCCAGGAGUGCUGGUACCACAAGGAGUGCUGGUACCACAAGGAGUGCUGGUACCACAACGAGUGCUGGUACCACAACGACUGCUGGUACCACAACGAGUGCUAGUACCAAAAGGAGUGCAGGUACCACAAGGAGUGCUAGUACCACAAGGAGUGCUAGUACCACAAAGAGUGCUAGUACCACAAAGACUGCUAGUACCACAAGGAGUGCUAGUACCACAAGGAGUGCUGGUACCACAAGGAGUGCUGGUACCAAAAGGAGUGCUGGUACCACAAGGAGUGCUGGUACCACAAGGAGUGCUAGUAUCAAAAGGAGUGGUGGUACCACAAGGAGUGGUGGUACCACAAGGAGUGGUGGUACCACAAGGAGUGCUGGUACCACAAGGAGUGCUGGUACCACAAGGAGUGCUGGUACCACAAGGAGUGCUGGUACCACAAGGAGUGCUGGUACCACAAGGAGUGCUGGUACCACAAGGAGUGCUGGAACCACAAGGACUGCUGGUACCACAAGGAGUGCUGGUACCACAAGGAGUGCUGGUACCAAAAGGAGUGGUGGUACCACAAGGAGUGGUGGUACCACAAGGAGUGGUGGUACCACAAGGAGUGCUAGUACCACAAAGAGUGCUGGUACCACAAAGAGUGCUGGUACCACAAGGAGUGCUGGUACCACAAGGAGUGCUGGUACCACAAGGAAUGCUGGUACCACAAGGAGUGCUGGUACCACAAAGAGUGCUAGUACCACAAGGAGUGCUAGUACCACAAGGAGUGCUGGUACCACAAGGAGUGCUGGUACCACAAGGAGUGCUGGUACCACAAGGAGUGCUGGUACCACAAGGAGUGCUGGUACCACAAGGAGUGCUGGUACCACAAGGAGUGCUGGUACCACAAGGAGUGCUGGUACCACAAGGAGUGCUGGUACCACAAGGAGUGCUAUUACCAAAAGGAGUGCUAGUACCACAAGGAGUGCUAGUACCACAAAGAGUGCUAGUACCACACAGAGUGCUAGUACCACAAAGAGUGCUGGUACCACAAGGAGUGCUGGUACCACAAGGAGUGCUAGUACCACAAGGAGUGCUAGUACCACAAGGAGUACUGGUACCACAAGGAGUGCUGGUACCACAAGGAGUGCUGGUACCACAAGGAGUGCUGGUACCACAAGGAGUGCUGGUACCACAACGAGUGCUGUUACCACAAGGAGUGCUGGUACCACAAGGAGUGCUGGUACCACAAGGAGUGCUGGUACCACAAGGAGUGCUGGUACCACAAGGAGUGCUGGCACCACAAGGAGUGCUGGUACCACAAGGAGUGCUGGUACCACAAGGAGUGCUGGUACCACAAGGAGUGGUGGUACCAAAAGGAGUGCAGGUACCACAAAGAGUGCUAGUACCACAAAGAGUGCUAGUACCACAAAGAGUGCUAGUACCACAAGGAGUGCUAGUACCACAAGGAGUGCUGGUACCACAAGGAGUGCUGGUACCACAAGGAGUGCUGGUACCACAAGGAGUGCUGGUACCACAAGGAGUGCUGGUACCACAAGGAGUGCUGGUACCAAAAGGAGUGCUGGUACCACAAGGAGUGCUGGUACCACAAGCAGUGCUGGCACCACAAGGAGUGCUGGUACCACAGGGAGUGCUGGUACCACAGGGAGUGCUGGUACCACAAGGAGUGCUGGUUCCACAAGGAGUGCUGGUACCACAAGGAGUGCUGGUACCGCAAGGAGUGCUAGUACCACAAGGAGUGCUAGUACCACAAGGAGUGCUGGUACCACAAGGAGUGCUGGUACCACAAGGAGUGCUGGUACCACAAGGAGUGCUGGUACCACAAGGAGUGCUGGUACCACAAGGAGUGCUGGUACCACAAGGAGUGCUGGUACCACAAGGAGUGCUGGUACCACAAGGAGUGCUGGUACCACAAGGAGUGCUGGUACCACAAGGAGUACUGGUACCACAAGGAGUGCUGGUACCACGAGGAGUGCUGGUGCCACAAGGAGUGCUGGUACCACAAGGAGUGCUAUUACCAAAAGGAGUGCUAUUACCAAAAGCAGUGCUAGUACCACAAGGAGUGCUAGUACCACAUAGAGUGCUAGUACCACAAAGAGUGCUAGUACCACAAAGAGUGCUAGUACCACAAAGAGUGCUAGUACCACAAGGAGUGCUAGUACCACAAGGAGUGCUAGUACCACAAGGAGUGCUGGUACCACAAGGAGUGCUAGUACCACAAAGAGUGCUAGUACCACAAGGAGUGCUAGUACCAAAAGGAGUGCUAGUACCAAAAGGAGUGCAGGUACCACAAGGAGUGCUAGUACCACAAGGAGUGCUAGUACCACAAGGAGUCCUAGUACCACAAGGAGUGCCAGUACCACAAGGACUGCCGGUACCACAAGGAGUGCCGGUACCACAAGGAGUGCCGGUACCACAAGGAGUGCCGGUACCAAAAGGAGUGCAGGUACCGCAAGAAGAGCUAGUACCACUAGGAGUGCUAGUACCACAAGGAGUGCUAGAACCAGAAGGAGUGCUAGUACCACAAGGAGUGCUAGUACCACAAGGAGUACUAGUACCACAAAGAGUGCUCGUACCACAAGGAGUGCUGGUACCACAAGAAGUGCUGGUACCACAAGGAGUGCUGGUACCACAAGGAGUGCUGGUACCACAAGGAGUGCUGGUACCACAAGGAGUGCUAGUACCACAAGGAGUGCUGGUACCACAAGGAGUGCUGGUACCACAAGGAGUGCUGGUACCACAAGGAGUGCUGGUACCACAAGGAGUGCUGGUACCACAAGGAGUGCUGGUACCACAAGGAGUGCUGGUACCACAAGGAGUGCUGGUACCACAAGGAGUGCUGGUACCACAAGGAGUACUGGUACCACAAGGAGUGCUGGUACCACGAGGAGUGCUGGUGCCACAAGGAGUGCUGGUACCACAAGGAGUGCUAUUACCAAAAGGAGUGCUAUUACCAAAAGCAGUGCUAGUACCACAAGGAGUGCUAGUACCACAUAGAGUGCUAGUACCACAAAGAGUGCUAGUACCACAAAGAGUGCUAGUACCACAAAGAGUGCUAGUACCACAAGGAGUGCUAGUACCACAAAGAGUGCUAGUACCACAAGGAGUGCUGGUACCACAAGGAGUGCUAGUACCACAAGGAGUGCUAGUACCACAAGGAGUGCUAGUACCAAAAGGAGUGCUAGUACCAAAAGGAGUGCAGCUACCACAAGGAGUGCUAGUACCACAAGGAGUGCUAGUACCACAAGGAGUCCUAGUACCACAAGGAGUGCCAGUACCACAAGGACUGCCGGUACCACAAGGAGUGCCGGUACCACAAGGAGUGCCGGUACCACAAGGAGUGCCGGUACCAAAAGGAGUGCAGGUACCGCAAGAAGAGCUAGUACCACUAGGAGUGCUAGUACCACAAGGAGUGCUAGAACCAGAAGGAGUGCUAGUACCACAAGGAGUGCUAGUACCACAAGGAGUACUAGUACCACAAAGAGUGCUCGUACCACAAGGAGUGCUGGUACCACAAGAAGUGCUGGUACCACAAGGAGUGCUGGUACCACAAGGAGUGGUGGUACCACAAGGAGUGCUGGUACCACAAGGAGUGCAGGUACCACAAGGAGUGCUAGUACCACAAGGAGUGCUGCUACCACAAAGAGUGCUAGUACCACAAGUAGUGCAGGUACCACAAGGAGUGCAGGUACCACAAGGAGUGCUGGUACCACAAGGAGUGCUGGUACCACAAGGAGUGCUGGUACCACAAGGAGUGCUGGUACCACAAGGAGUGCUGGUACCACAAGGAGUGCUGGUAUCACAAGGAGUGGUGGUACCACAAGGAGUGCUAGUACCAAAAGGAGUGCAGGUACCACAAGGAGUGCUAGUACCACAAGGAGUGCUAGUACCACAAAGAGUGCUAGUACCACAAAGAGUGCUAGUACCACAAAGAGUGCUGGUACCACAAGGAGUGGUGGUACCACAAGGAGUGCUAGUACCAAAAGAAGUGCAGAAAAGAGAUAUAGGGUACCAAGGAACGCAGUUCAGGUAUGUGACUGAGCCUAUGCCUACACCAAGUCAUCAAGGGGCACGCACUGAUUUUGCUACACAUGAAGCAAACUUCAUGACGGCAAGUCAGUAA